AUGAGAUCGUCCUCUUAUACUCUGCUCUCUCGCCUCCGCCAUACCCAUCGCUUCAAUUCGCACUGCCAAUCCCAAUUUCUGCUCUUUCACUACUCAGACCCCAAGCUCACACAAAAUAACGACUGCAGCUUAUCCCAGAACGCUCCGUUUAGCUCCUCCGCUGACACUCUGCUGCGCGGUCUGGUUUCGUCAUCUGCUUGCUCAAAACGGCUCGUUCUCCUCGACUUGGUUUCUUCUGGUAGUGUUGUUCACCAUCAACAUCAACAGCAGCACUUGUUCCAUCGCAAUUUCUUUACUAGAGCUAAACAGGUCAAGAUUCAAUUCAAUGACGAGCACAGUCAAAGGGCAGUCACAACUGCAUUGUGGUGCAACUUCCUUGUGUUUUCUCUCAAAUUUGGUGUCUGGUUAUCAACCGCUAGUCAUGUUAUGUUUGCUGAAGUUGUUCACUCAGUUGCAGAUUUUGCAAAUCAGGCGCUUCUUGCUUAUGGUUUGAGUAGCUCAAGGCGUGCACCGGAUGCUCUCCACCCUUAUGGAUACUCCAAGGAAAGAUUUGUCUGGUCUUUGAUAUCUGCUGUUGGUAUCUUUUGUCUUGGUUCUGGUGCGACUAUUGUUCAUGGAUUUCAAAACUUGUGGACUUCACAGCCCCCUCCAAAUAUUCAGUAUGCAGCUCUUGUGAUUGGUGGUUCAUUUAUUAUUGAAGGUGCUUCUCUUCUUGUUGCCAUACAAGCUGUCAAGAAAGGUGCAGCUGCUGAGGGCAUGAAAUUGAGAGACUACAUUUGGCGUGGCCAUGAUCCCACAUCUGUUGCUGUCAUGACGGAGGAUGGCGCGGCUGUAACUGGUCUUGCUAUUGCCGCGGCAUCAUUGGUUGCAGUGAAUAGAACAGGAAAUGCAAUUUAUGAUCCCAUAGGAUCAAUUGUAGUUGGCAACCUACUUGGAAUGGUGGCUAUUUUUCUGAUCCAAAGGAAUAGGCAUGCUUUGAUUGGUAGGGCAAUGGACGACCAUGAUAUGGAGAAGGUUCUCCAGUUCUUGAAAAAUGACCCGGUUGUGGAUUCUCUAUAUGAUUGCAAAAGCGAGGUGAUUGGUCCUGGGUUCUUCCGAUUUAAGGCUGAAAUAGAUUUCAAUGGAGUGGUGGUAGUUCAAAAUUAUCUCCACAGGACUGGGCGUGAAGAAUGGGCUAAGCAGUUUCGUGAUGCUGCAAAGGAGAAGGAUGAUACUGCGUUGCUUAAAAUCAUGUCAAAUUAUGGUGAAGAGGUAGUGACAGCCUUAGGAAGUGAAGUUGAUAGGUUGGAAAAGGAGAUCCAAGAGCUUGUUCCCGGUAUACGGCAUGUCGACAUCGAGGCACACAAUCCAAUAGACCUAUCCCAGUGA